AAUCCCUUAAUUUUGUCCCAAAUCUCUUCAGGAGAGAAUGAUGAUUUGUAUACUGAACUGUGGCUGGCUUGUGCCGGCUCUCAUGUUUACGUUCCGCGCGUCGGGGAGAAGGUUUUCUACUUCCCUCAAGGUCACCUGGAACAGGUUGAGGCUUAUACCGACCUAGACAGUAUGAUGGAAAUGCCAAUUUACAAUUUAUCUUCUAAGAUCCUUUGCAAGGUUGUUUAUGUUCAGCUAAAGGCUGAAGCUCAAACAGAUGAGGUGUUUGCUCAAGUUACUUUGCUUCCAAUGGCAGAGCAAGAUGAGCUAAGUUCGGAGGAUGAAAAUGCUAUGUCUUUGCCUCAGAGAGCUAGUGUGUGCUCCUUUGUCAAAAGGCUCACUCCUUCUGAUACAAGCACGCAUGGUGGAUUCUCUGUUCCCAAGCGACACGCUGAGGAGUGCUUCCCACCUCUUAACAUGUCUCAACAACCACCGGUACAGGGACUGGUCGCCAAAGACUUGCAAGGGUUUAAAUGGCACUUUCGCCAUAUUUAUCGCGGUCAGCCAAAGCGGCACUUGCUCACUAGUGGUUGGAGUACCUUUGUGACUGCAAAGAAGCUUGUUGCUGGGGAUGCAUGUAUCUUCCUUAGAGGAGAAAAUGGACAACUUCGUGUUGGGGUCCGCCGUGCAAUUAAACAACUAAAUAAUGUACCAACACCUGUCAUAUCUCGCCACGGCAUGCAACAUGGCAUACUUGCUAGCGCUUUCCAUGCUGUUACUUCUGGAACCAUGUUUACUGUGUACUACCACCCUUGGACAAGUCCUUCUGAAUUUAUUGUACCUUUUUAUCAAAACAUGAAGUUAAAUAAAAGUGUCUAUUCAGUUGGAACGAGAUAUAGAAUGCAGUCUGGUGGUGAAGAAUGCUCAGAAAAGAGACCUACAGGUACUGUAGUUGGUAUUGAAGAUAUUGAUUGUAUUAGGUGGCCUGGUUCAGAAUGGAGAUGCCUCAAGGUGCAGUGGGAUUCCAAGUCAGACACAUUUUUGCAUCCUGAAAGGGUUUCUCCUUGGAACAUUGAGAUGAUAGAAUCAACCAACAAGAAGCUCACUUCUAUCAAGAGGACGCGACCACUUGAUCCACCAUUGCCUGGGUUUUCUAGCUUGACCAGAGAUGUCUUAUUUCAGAGUCCGGUUGAGUAUACAACUCGGAGACACAAAAAGGUCUUGCAAGGCCAAGAAAACAGGAAAACAGGUGCUCAAGAACUGGGUGCAGAAACCUCAGGCAUAUUACCACAUUUGAUAUACAGACAUUUGGGAUUGGAGAAUCAGCUAUGCCAUCCAAUGCAUGACCAGCUUUAUCGACUUAGCGGCAACACAAUACCAUCUCCUGGUGGAAAUAUGGCUGCUCCUUGCCCCACUUGCCAAUGGCCCCCAAUAUUUACUACUUAUGCAGUCUGUGACAAUGUUGCAGUUAGCCGAAACAUUUCAGUUUCAAAUGUCACCACUAGCAAUACUGGAUCUCAGGAAUGCAGGGCUUCUGAAUCAAGGGAUGAGAAUGAAGCUCCUCUUUCCCAACCAACCGGCUGUGCGAGAUACAUGCUAUUUGGAGUCAAUUUAGUUAAUAGUCACCCGGAGCUCCCUUCACCACAAGUUGCCAAUUAUUGUGGACUUUGUAGUCCUUGUUCUUUAUCUCCAACAUCUCACUCAAGUGUUUCUGAAACUAUCCAGGUUUCAGAGCCCUCUAAGGAUAUCUCUGGCGUCCUUCUGGAGAAACAAUGUGAGAAUUGCUUUGUCACUAGCAGGAGUUGCACAAAGGUUCUCAAGUAUGAAACUGCUCUUGGAAGAUCAGUUGACCUCAUGAGUUUCGAUGGGUAUGAUGAACUCAUUUCUGAGCUUGACCAGAUGUUUGAUUUCCAAGGAAGCUUGAUUGAUGGAAGCAGUGGAUGGCAUGUAACCUUUACGGAUGGUGAAGGAUACAUGAUGCUGAUCAGAGAUAAUCCAUGGCUGGAAUUUUGCCUCAUGGUGCGGAGGAUGUUCAUCUGUCCAAAGGAAGAAAUUGACAAGUCAAUACAAGAAAUUGGAAUCUAAUAGGGAGUCAAAUUGUGGAUUUCAUGAGUUGCCAUAACUUGAAAAAACCAAAACUUGCAGUCAGUUUUGUGAUGAAUUUUAUAGUAUCAUAUAAAAUUUCAAGUUAAUGAGUAUAUAUAUAUAUAUA